GCUAUAAGCAUUGCAGGUUUUCGGAGGGCAAGGAGUUUGGGGGAGAAAAGGAUGACCAGUACAAUACUUGGAGUUGGACCUGGAGUAUUCAUCUUGGCAGUGGUCUGGGUCUUGACUUUAUUGCUGUGCGUGUUGCUGUCUAGAGCUUCUGGACUUGCUAGGUUUUCCGUCAUCCUGGUUUUCUUUGCUGCUGUGAUCAUCACCGUAACCUUGUUGCUUUUUCCUCGUGCCAGCAAGUUUCCCGCGCCAGUUACGGAAAUCAAGAUUGUAGACACCUUCUUCAUUGGCCGUUUCAUCCUGCUUCUCAGUUUGAGCCUGGUUUUCCUGGGAUGCCUGUUUUUGCUUCUGACUCACCAUCUUCUGCAACCUGUGUAUGCCAAACCGUUGAGAUCCAGCACUUAGAAUAAUCGGCUUCGAAUCCUUGAUGGUACUUUGGCCCGUUUCCCGUUCCUGUGACUGAAGACCCAAGAUUCAGUUCCGUGAAUCGGAAUGUAUCGUUCACAAAUUCAGAAUUUUGUAUAAGGCGGCAUCUUGAGUUUCCUUCAAGAUAUGAGAAGUUUCAGAUACAGUCGGAUGAGUACAACCAAAUGUAUUGUGAAUUCUUUGCUCCCCCCCCCUUUGUUUUAUAACUUCAGUUAAUUGAAAAUGUGUUUGUACAAAGAUGCGUUUGUAUAACAGUCCAGAAAAUGCUGAUUGAAUCUCAUAAAACAUGUGUUGUAGUAUUGGUAACCGCCCGUUUGCCAGAGCAGUAUAUUAAACAAAUAUAAACGCAUUCACAUGAAAUGAUUGAAUGUCAAUCUGGUUUGCAACCAGAUUGUUUUCCUCCAGGCUCUGUAUGGUGAAACUUCGCUUCUGAAUUUCUUUUUAGUAGUUUCUGUAUUUAUUGGAUUUAACUUAAUGGAUCCCCUAGGGCUUAUUUAUUGUCAACUCUGCUUGGGUAAUACAGGUGAGAGAUGCUAAUGAGUCCCACUGAGAAGUCUCUUGGCCAAAUUGUUCCAGGAGGACAAAAUUGAAACAGAUCAUUUUUCUUCACCCACAGAUGAUCAGUGUUGCUAAAUCAUUGUUGAGCAACCCAUAUCAUAUCUUUGUUCCGAUGGUUACAUCGCCCGGGUUUGUUUGGCAGGGGCAUUGUUCAGCUCUGUGCCUGCCCUGAUACACAAGAAGAAAAUGGUGCCUUAACAGUGAUGUCAGGUGACAUCCACACUUUUGCUUGGAUGCAGUUUGAUGUCCUCUAUUGCAGUGUGUCUCACCCUUGGCAGCUUU